GUUGCCUUCCCGUUCCCACCACCACCAGUGUUCACAACAAUGAUCGUGCCGGUUGUAUUUUAGGUUAAAUCACUCGUGUGAUCUCUUUAUCCUGUAGUUUAUAAGCUCUCCCCGACGGAGUAAAAAUGGACAAUAAAAUAACGAUAUGCGACCCUGACGAGGAAGAAGUGGAGAAUGAUAUAUUACGUGAUAUCGAACCGGUCAUGUGGAUCAAUGACGAUCCAAACUACGAUUUGGACGAGGUUAACAUGUUUUUCCACAGAGUCGACUCGGAUCAAAUUAUAUACGAGGAGAAAAGAAAAAAGUGCAAAUUUAUUGGUAAAUAUGUCAUGGGUGAUGUUCUUGGUGAGGGUAGUUACGGCAAGGUGAAGGAGGUACUGGAUUCGCAGACGCUUUGCCGACGAGCGGUCAAAAUACUGAAGAAGAGGAAACUUCGAAGGAUACCGAACGGGGAACAGAACGUUCAACGGGAAAUACAAUUGUUACGAAUAUUAAAACAUAAAAAUGUAAUAAAUCUCGUAGAUGUUUUAUACAAUGAUGAAAAAGAAAAGAUGUACCUAGUUAUGGAAUUCUGCGUAUGUGGAUUACAGGACAUGUUGGAAAGCACGCCGACCAAGAAGCUUCCACUUUGGCAGGCACACGAUUAUUUCUGUCAAUUGUUGGAUGGCUUAGAAUAUCUUUACAGUAAGGGAAUAGUUCACAAAGAUAUAAAACCUGGAAAUUUAUUGUUAACCCUAGAUGGUACCUUGAAGAUUAGUGACUUUGGUGUCGCGGAGGCAUUAGACAUGUUUUCCAAAGACGAUACAUGUACGAUAGGUCAAGGAUCUCCAGCGUUUCAGCCGCCAGAAAUCGCAAAUGGCUGCGAAAGUUUCUCAGGCUUUAAAGUGGACAUAUGGAGUAGUGGAGUUACGUUGUACAACAUAACCACAGGUUUAUAUCCUUUCGAGGGAGAUAAUAUAUAUAAAUUAUACGAAAACAUUGGAAGGGGUGAAUAUACAGUACCGAAAGAAAUAGAGGAACCUUUAAAGUCGCUCAUAGAGGGAAUGUUGCAGAAAGAUGCGGAUAAAAGAUUUACAUUGCAACAGGUUAAAAGACACGCGUGGACCAUGUGCGAGCACUCUAAAACGCAACAGGAAGUACCUAUACCUCCCCUUAAAAGUAAUGGAUGCCAUAGCAUGACCGUCUUGCCAUACCUGAUGGAGCAUCAUUAUGGAGUUGAUGACAAUCCCAUAUACUAUACGGAACAUCAGCUGAAUGAAGAACGAAGACUUCAAGAGCUGGAUCGCAUUAGCGAGGAUCGAAAAACCACGUGUAACAGCCAUCACGCCAAGUGCAACGCAAACAGUCAAAAUAAACGGAGGUGGCGGAAGCCGAUUUCAUGCAUUAGUAUUAAAAGAUUUCCAUCCUGCAAGCCAUCGUGAUUUGUGAUUUCGCUGAUUGUGUCGUCGCAUAUCUUUUUGUUCGUAUCUCGCUGACUGUGUCAGUUGCAAAGUUUCUCUGGUGGCGAGAAAGAGGAAAGAGGACUGAAGCUGAAAGCUCGAGGAAUGCGAAGGCGUGCGAGACGUAUAAUGUAAUCUAGCUAAUCUAGCAGAACGAACGGAAUGCAAAGCUUUUGACUCAGUUCAAAAGUGUCUCGGAUUGUGAUAUUAAGAUUAAAUCCAUCGUGUAGCGAAUAAUUCAGUAACAUCCUUAUUGAUCGUUCAAUGCCUAGGAGAUAUCCAAUCAAAGUCAUAUUUCGUUUUGGUGCCAUAUUGACAACGCGAUUAAUAAAGUUGUUAAUCGUCUCACGAUA